GGCCACGCCCAGGCCUUCCUCAGCCACCAGGCCAGCCACGCCAACGGCAAGAGGCACCAGCGCUGCACCGAGUGCCUCAAGACCUUCGCCCGCAGGAAGUAUCUCCUGGAACACCAGCGCAUGCACACGGGGGAGAACCCCUACACCUGCCCACACUGCGGCAAGCACUUCCGAUACAAGCAGUCACUCAAGCAGCACCUGCGCAUGCACCGGGAGCAACCACCACCUGCGCCUGCUGUGCCACCAAGCCUGCCAGGUGCCAGCUCCCUAGAGAAAGACCCCCUCUUCGAGACCAACCCCCCCAGUGGGACCUGAAGCUGGGCUACAAGAGGUCUUUUGUGCCACAUGAACCGCUGGCCUACAAUUGGCCCGUUGGUGGGCCGGCUAAGAUCCUCGCUGCCUUCCGUGGGGCGGCUCCAGUGCUUCUUCUCUCCCCACGGAGAGGCUCCCUUCUUGCUUGCUGAUCAGGACCGUGUGGGGCAGGCUCUAGUCCUGUGGAAUGAGCCCAGCUCCCCGCGAUCAGAACACUCCAACCGUCUGAAAUAUUUCUUCAAUGGAGACCGCUGCCGAAAGACUGUCGCCGCCGUGCACGGCCGUCCGAGGAGUUGCAAGUCCUGGCCGAGCCGGAAGAAAAAUGCGCCUAAAAUGUGAUCAUGUCCCAUUACCCAGCCCAGCACUGGAGGCCGGCCUGCUGGGGUCAAAAGGGCUGCACCCUGAGUCCGCGGUCCCCUCGCCUGCAGGGAGAAAGACAGACUCCCCAAGGUCUCCGUGCACGGCUGUGGUUUUCUGGCCUCGCCCUCCACACCCUCCGCUAGAUGAUCAGAAGAGCGUUUGAAAGCACUUCGCGUGCGGCAGGCACAAAAGGCAGCCCAAAACUCAAGAAUUGAGACUGGCCCCUGACUCUCCUCUCCGGAGGGCCACGCAGGGCAGCUAUCUACGGGCAAUUUCGGAACAAUUCCACACUCUUGGUCCACAGGAGUUGCCCACUCCUCAAAAGAUACCCUUCCUUAUUUCUCUCCUGUUGAAAAAAAAAAAAGCUCCAUUGUCAAACUCCUGGCUUAUCAGUUUUCUGCCAGCGUCGACCUCUGCCAAAAAUCUCUUUUGCCGAAGUCUCAGCUGCGGUUUUCCAUGUGGUACAUUUAUCGCUGAGACUCUUGACGGGCUCCCAGUUCUUAUGCCCUCUCUGCCUGUUCAGACAGUGACGUGAAAUCACGAGUUUGGCUCUGUCUCUUCAGAUUCUUUGUCACUAAGAGGUUGUAGCCCUCACAUCAUUCCCUCCUGUCCUGAAAAGCUGCCCACCCCCUCAAAAAGAAAGAAGACUCUGUAAGCGACCCUAAAACCAUGGCCAUCAGCCGAGACCUCCUGCCCACUUCCACACCAGGUUCUCACUGCUUUCUCAAUUUGCAACAACACUACCUGUGUUACUCUUUGAUACAGGUAGUCCUCGACAUGCAGCAGUUCAUUUAGCGACCGCUGAAAGUUACAACCGCAUGAGAAAAGUGACGUUACUGCUUUGACACAUACAACCGUUGCAGGAUUCCCUGCGUCAAGUGACCCCAAAUUUAGGCGUUUGGAAACCUGCACGUACUUUUUAACAGCUGCUGUGUGUCCCUCGGUCGCGUCAUCCCAUUUUGCGACCUUACGACUUGCAAAGACAACGGGGGAAGCCAGAACCACUUAGCAACCGAGUGACUAACUUAGAAACCGCAGUGAUUUACUUAAUGACCAUGGCAAGAAAGGUUGUAAAAUGGGGGGAGGGGUUAAAUUGGGGGGGGGAAGGCUGCAUUCCCUAGUGGCAUCUUGCAAAGUGGGUAAGUGGUCCCGAAGUUGCGUGCAAGCAUGCUGGAUUGUCCAUUCGAUACUCUGAAGUGUUUUCGGGGCCCCGUCCUCACCUCAUUCCAAGAGGGGGGAGCAGAGAGAGAGUCCUGCCCAUUCCAACCCUCCGCCUACCUAUUGCUAGCAAGCCUAUCCCUGUUCCAUUCUAUGUCUGUUGGCCAAAACAGUGAGGCAUGGCUUCCUAAAGCCCAAUACAGGCAGUUCUUGACUUACAAGUCACAGUAGCCAUUUGGAGCAACACUCAGCCUUGAAAAGGGGACCUACAACUCAGAUCCGAAGUUCUGGCAAUUGCACUCUUGUAUGGUCACAUCCUCACACGUGGGGCUGUUGGCCAUACAGCCGCCUCAUCCACAGCCGUUUUGCAGCAACUCACGGGGACACACAACUGCCUUCGGCAGAGGUUUUGUUGAACAUGGUUCUUAGUUUCUGUUUCUUGGCAAAACGGUGCUGUGGCAAACAAGGGAUCCGCUUCUCGACUGCAGUGAUACUCCGUACUGACUUGAGCAAAUAAAUUGUGCUACGUGUGAUACCAAACCAACAUUGUGCAUCCGUUUUCCCAGACAAGGCAGAUCCUACAAAAUCUUUUUUCAACUCUUUCAGCCUUUCCUCAUACAACUCACACAGCUCCCAGUACAUCACAAACACAGACACACACUUUCACUGAAUAUGAUUUGAGGGGGGGGGGAAAUAUAAGGAGAAAGAACAUUCGGUCUAGUCCAGUGGUGAAGGUACUAGGUUAGAAAGUAGGAGACAGUGAAUUCUAGUCCUGUCUUAGGCAUGAAAGUUGGCCGGGUGACUUUGGGUCAAUUUCCUUGUGCUGCCUUAGCCUAUGAAAGCUGGUUUGGUAACUUUCAGCCAAUCACCUGGAGACAGUGAUUUCUAGUUUUGCCUUAGGCAUGAAAGCUGCGCGGCUGAUCCUGGUGAUUACCCAUAUCACUUUGAUGGUUUAAGGUGGGACUAGUAAUUGGCCAGUGUCACCCAUUCAGCUUUCACGCUUAAGGUGGGACUACAUUUCCCCAUCUCCUGGUGAUUGACCCAAAGUCACCCAUUCAGCUUUCACACCUAAGAUGGGACUAGAAUUCAUUGUCUCCUGGUUUUUUGGCACAAUUAUAUGCGAACUAUUAAAGCGAUUAUUUUAAUCGAAGAACAAUAUAUAAACAAUCCAGGUUUAGGGCCCACAAUCGGGAAAGGAUAACUCAGUCACUAAGUAAUGCAGUCCAUAAAGGGGGGGGGAUCACAAUUUUACUUUUUUCCAUUCAUACGCAAUUUCUUACAAUUCUUUUCGUACGCAACUUCUAUUAGCCUUCAAUGAACCAAGCUACACUUCACAUGUUUUAAAACAUCUUUAUUUCUAAAGAAAUCGAUUUAGUCCACCAAGGAACCGAAGAUCAUUUCCAAUAUUUAAAAACAUCCUUGAUCUAACGUGUAUUAUUAUUACUAUUAAGAGCCAUCAUGUUGUGUUACAGUACAAAAAUAAAAGAAUACAAAAUCAGUGUUUACAAUUACAGUACUGUACCUGUAAACAUCAAUAGAAAUCCCCUUCCAAAGAUUAGACUUUUUUGCUGCGUUAUUGGAAAUGUUGGACACUGAGGCCUAGAAGCCUAAUAAACUGAGCAUCUUCUGGCUUCUUCUCUUUUUCAGGAUGGGGAAGGAGAGGUGAGCAAGAAAUAGCUGUCCAUAAAAAAAAUUCACUAAGUUUUCUUUGCACAUUUUCUUCAUCUAUUUUCUUAGCACACAUGCAUUUACCAAUGUAGCUUUCCAAAACGUUCUACAUUCGGAUCCAUACGUCCUAAUUUUUGUAGCGUUUCAUUAACUUGAGGAAACAUCGGUCAAUAUUUUCACAUGGACUUCCUGGACUCCCAAUAUAACUUUCUAAAAUGUUGUACAAUUAGAUCCAUACUUCCUUUUUUUUCCAUAAAUUUCAUUAGCAUCUGAGAAAACACCAAUCAAUAUUUUCACAUGAACUUCCUGGGCUCCUGAUAUAGCUUUUCAAAAUAUUCUAUAUUGGGAUCUAUACUAUUUUUGUAAAAAUUUCAUUAACGUGAGAAAACCCUGGUCAAUAUUUUUCACAUGAACUUCCGGGGCUCCCCAAUAUUAGCUAUCCAAAACAUUCUACAUUCGAAUUCAUACUUAAUUUUCAUAACAUUUCAUUAACAUCUGAGAAAACACCAGUCAAUAU